AUGAGGGAAGAUGACACUAUAGACUCAUUCACCGCAAAGAUAAACAGUGUAGUUACCCGGGCAAGCGAAUUAGGGAAAACACUGAGUCAACCGACUCAGGUAGGCAAACUCCUAAAUGCAGUGCCAGAUAAGUUUACUCAGAUUGUUGCCUCGAUGGAACAGUACUCAGAUCUAGAAACAAUGACGCUAGAAGAAGCGGUCGGAAGGUUAAAAACAUUCGAAGAAAGACUUAAGCAAAAGAAAGGAAGCCCGGGAGAAAGUCAAGACAAGUUGAUGUUUACACAUCACGACAACAACUCAGGCAGAAAAAGACAGUUUGGAAACCGCGGGCGUGGCAAGUUCAACCAACCGCGUGGAAACUGGCGAGACAAUAAAUACAAGCAAGACACUAAGUAUGAAGGAUCUUCGUACAGACCUAGAGGUGGAAAGUCUAAGAAUUGGAGGAAUUUUGGAAGAAACCAAACAGACAUAAGUAAGAUCCAGUGCUACAAGUGUCAGAAGUAUGGACACUUCAAGAAAGACUGUCCUGAGAAAGAUGUUGUACAAGAACAUUCAAAUCUCGUUGAGGAAGACGAAGCACCCGUAUUGCUAAUGUCAAUAUAA